AGUGAAACACUUUAGUUAUCCUCUCUGUAGAUGUAAAGGACAGACACUACAUGUGUGACGACGACGGGGUAUGUAUGCAAAUGUAAGAAUACAUGAUGGAUGGCCAUGUCUCAUGUAGUUAAUAAAACAGAAUUUCUAAUAUAAAAUCCUGGAAGCUGGAAGGAUGUAGGAACAGGUCGUCGCAGCCUUACAGGUGUUUUAUGUUUUUAGAGAGAGAGAGAGAGAGAGAGAGGAAGGAGGAAGGAUGAGGUGAGCAGUCUGGAGAACACCACCACCAACAACCAGAAGGAAAUGAAUAAAGAUGAGAUGUGGGUAUUGAACAGUGAAUCCUACAAGGCACCGAGCUCCAGAUUUUCGUCUCUAUUGGCCUCCAAAGAUCGUGAUUUUCUGCUCUCUCCAACUGAAAACCAGGUGAAAGUAUCGGACCUGGAUGGCAAGGUUGUAGGCAUCUACUUCUCGGCCAACUGGUACCCACCAUGUCGAAAAUUCACACCUAUCCUAGCAGGUGUGUACGAGCAAUUGAAGGGUCGUGGGUGUGGUUUUGAAGUGGUGUUUGUAUCGUCGGAUGAAGACUGUGAUGCAUUUGCCAGUUAUAGAUCAAGCAUGCCAUGGCUUGCCAUUCCAUUCUCUGAUCUGGAAUCAAAGAAGGGUUUGAACCGAAGGUUCGAAAUCGAAGAUAUUCCAUGUUUAAUCAUUCUCCAACCCGUCAGUACUGAUAAUGAAGAGGAUGAAAUAUUACGUGAUGGUGUUGAACUCAUUUACCGGUAUGGUGUCCGAGCUUUCCCAUUUACUAAACAGAGGUUAGAAGAGCUGGAGAAGGAAGAGAGGGAGAAGCACGAGAAUCAGACCAUAACCAACUUACUUACAAACCACAAUAGAAACUUUCUCUUGGGCCAUGGCCAUCCCGUACCUAAACAGGUGGAUGUGGGGUCCUUGGUGGGGAAGACUGUUGGGCUCUACUUCUCAGCCCAAUGGUGCCUACCUUGCCUCAAGUUUACUCCGAAGCUGAUCUCUAUCUACCAUAAGAUCAAAGAGAUGUUGGUGGAAGAGAAAGAAAAUGAGGACUUUGAAAUAGUGUUCGUGUCAAGCGACAGUGAACAAGUGGGGUUCGACUCCUACUUCGGGACCAUGCCGUGGCUAGCAUUGCCGUUUGGGGACCCAACCGUGAGGAGCCUGACCAAGUACUUCGACGUGCAAAGGGUCCCUUGUCUGGUGAUAUUGGGGCCCGAUGGUAAGACCCUCACCAAGCAGGGGAGAAACCUCAUAAACCUCUACCAGGAGAAAGCAUACCCCUUCACCAAGGCACAAUUGGAAUUCCUUGAGAAGCUAAAGGAUGAAGAAGCCAAGGGUCUCCCCUUAUCGGAGUACCAUGCAGGGCAUCGCCAUGAGCUCACCUUGGUGUCUGAGGGAACGGGAGGUGGACCCUUUAUUUGCUGCGAAUGCGAUGAGCAAGGCUUUGGCUGGGCUUACCAAUGCAUCGACUGUGGGUACGAAGUUCAUACCAACUGCGUCAAGGCAGUGAACCGUGGCUCCGCUGGUUGAACCCUUCUUGUAUUUGUUUGUUUUUCCUGCUUGGGCAAACCUGUGCAUUAUUUUAAAUUUUUAAUACGUACGGGUUGGGUUUGCCUGAUUUUAGAUGA